AUGUAUGCAUCUCUUUAUCUAAAUGAAAUAAUCUAUCUAUCUAUCUAUCUAUCUAUCUAUCUAUCUAUCUAUCUAUCUAUCAAAUUCUAUAUCUUUUCUGUCUCUCUCUCUCUAAUCUAUCUAUCAAUCCUUAAUCUAUCUAUCUCAUUCUUAAAAUUUAUCUAUCUAUCUAUCUAUCUAUCUAUCUAUCUAUCUAUCUAUUCUAUUAAUAUCUAUAUAUCAUCUAUCUAUCUAUCAUCUAUCUAUCAUAUCUAUGAUCUAUCUAUUUCUUUCUCCAUAUUCAUUCUAUUUCAUCUAUCUCUACCUUAUUAUUUGUAUUUAUUUCUUUAUCCAUUUAUUGGAUCUACAUUCUAUUUUUACAUCAUCUAUCUAUCUAUCUAUCUAUCUAUCUAUCUAUUCUCUAUUCUCUUAAAAAUUUCUCUAUCUGUCUGUGUGUUUAUCUAUCUAUCUAUCUAUCUAUCUAUUUUUCAUUUAUCUAUCUCAAAAAUUAAAAUCUAUCUAUCCAUUCAUCUAUUAUAUUAUAUUCAAAUGAUUAUAUCUAAAACAUUCUAUUUAACAUCUAUCUAUCUAUCUAUCUAUCUAUCUAUCUAUAUAUAUUAUUAA